AUGGCAAUCACCAUCCCCAACACACUCAAAGCUGCGGCACUCAAACAAAUCGCAUUCAAAUGCGGUGUAUCAACCUCUGGCACCAAGCCCAUCCUCAUCCAACGUUUGCAAGAUGAGCUCCCGCACAUUACUUCCCCAAGCACGAAUACCUCGUCUGCCAACCCCAAACCUAUGCGAAUUCUAAGCAUUGAUAUGGGGAUCCGAAAUUUCUCAUUUUGUCUUCUCGAACUAUGCCUCGAAAAGUCCUCCAAGAAGAAAUUAAAACCUACAAUCCCUAGCCUCCAAUCCUGGCAAAAGAUUUCUCUCCUCCCUCAAACUCCUCCUCUCGCUUCCUCCGACCCAGGAGAAAAAGACAAAACUCCCAAUGGAUUCACCCCUGCCAUUCUCAGCUCCGCAGCCUACAAACUCAUCCGACAAACGCUCCUUCCUCUCUCCCCAACACAUAUCCUCAUCGAAAGACAGCGAUUUCGCUCUAUGGGUUCUAAACACAUUCUCGAAUGGACAAUUAGGGUCAAUAUGUUGGAGAGUAUGUUAUGGGCUACGUUCAAAACGUUGUCUGAGGAAAAGAUAUGGGUAGGAGAGUUGAUAGAGAUUGCGCCGAAGAAGGUGGGUAGUUUUUGGGUGGAGGAAGGUGGGUUAGGGGGAGAAGAGGAUGAAAAGUUCAAGAAGGUUAGGACUACGAAGGAGGUGAAGGCGAGGAGUAAGGGGGCUAAAAUAGAUUUAGUUAGGGGGUGGUUAGAUGCGGGAGAAAAGGAAAACGGGGAGCAGAAGAAUCACCCUAAUGAAAUGGUACUAAUAGGAAGUCAACAAGUCCAAGAGGUCAAGGAAAGAUAUACAGAAAAAUGGGACAGGAAAGUCGGGAGAACAAAAGGACAGAAAAAUAAGAGCAAAGCCUUAAGCACAGCAUCGAGUACAACCUCAAACACAUCGAAAAAUAAAGCGGAAGAAAAGGAGAUUAUAAUAGAGAAAGUAGAGGAGAUGGGUAAACUAGAUGAUCUAGCAGAUUGUCUACUACAGGGAAUGGCAUGGCUGAAGUGGCAGGAAAAUAGAAAGAGGGCGUUGGAGGAGGGUGUAGAGGUUUUGUUGGAUUGA